AUGCACUUCGCCGAUGUUUUGAAAGCAACAUCGCACUAUCUGCUCUCCUUGCCAGUCGACAUGGCGUGCAUGACAGCGUCCUACAUCCUACGGGUGCUCGCCUUGACCUUGGGUAUCGCAGUACACACAGCAAACUCGGCUCCUCCGGGAUUUCCUGCUUCGGGCAAUGGACUGUGGUACGACAAGCCAGGCAGCAAUUGGGUUACAGAAUUGCUUCCAAUUGGGAAUGGAUAUAUAGCAGCGAUGGUUCCAGGAGGAACGUCCCAAGAGGUCACCCAACUGAACAUAGAAUCUCUAUGGUCAGGCGGCCCGUUCUCAGAUCCUGCUUACAAUGGCGGAAAUCAUCAGCAAUCUGAGCAGGCCGCGGUGCACCAAUCUUUGCUGAGAGUCAGACAGGCUAUCUUUCAGAGUCCAAACGGUCAAACAGGCGAUACUGGCCUGCUUGCAGUGGAUGCAGGUGCAUACGGCUCUUAUGCCUCCGCUGGAAAUCUUAUCACCACAAUGAACGUAACGGGUUCCGUAUCAAAUUAUUUUCGGUGGCUUGACCUCGAUGAGGCUGUCGCCCGUACCAGUUGGACACAAGGAAGCCAGUCGAUUUCACGUGAAUCGUUCUGCGCCCAUCCCACUCAGUCGUGCACGCAGCGCACAUUUACAACGUCUCGGACGACACUGCCAGCCAUUACCUACGCCUUCUGCCCGCUCUCACUAGUAACAGACGGGCUUCCUGCACCGUCGGUGACAUGCUUAGACUCGUCGACGCUUCAGUUGACGGGUCUUGUGGCUGCCCCCGGGAUGGCAUAUGAGAUACUUGCAAAGGUGGGCACGGUCGAUGGUAGCGUAAUAUGCACACCCGCUGCUGGAACAGAUAGCUCAAAGCUUAAUGCGACAAUCACCGUUAUCAAUUCUACAGAGUCAUGGAUAACCUGGGUAGGAGGGACGAAUUUCGAUCUGGACGCAGGAGAUGAGGCACACAGUUUCUCAUUCAAAGGACCAGACCCACAUUCUUCUCUGGUGCAACUUCUUUCAGCUGCAUCCAAACCAGCAUCCGCCCUUUUCCAAGCCCACCUCGACGACCUCAAGGCCACGUUCUCCUCAGAAUCAUUUUCACUGACACUUGGUCAGGGGCCCUCGCGAAGUGACCUAGCGCAAGCCACUUCAGACCUCAUUGAUGCCUACCAGAUCGCGUACCCGGGGACCACCUCCGGAGGAAACCUCUAUCUGGAGAAUUUGCUGUUCAACUACGGGCGGUAUUUGUUGUGGAGCAGCGCAAGAGGCGUACUGCCUGCUAAUUUACAGGGGAAGUGGGCGAAUGGUUACGGGAACCCUUGGUCGGCUGAUUAUCAUGUCAAUAUUAAUCUACAGAUGAACUAUUGGCCCGCCGAGAGUACGGGGUUAGAUCUCACGAAGUCGCUAUUUGAUUAUAUGGAGAAAAACUGGGCUCCCAGAGGUGCCUACACCGCCCAGGUCUUGUAUAAUAUUUCCCGUGGGUGGGUCGUACACAACGAGUUAAACGUCUUCGGGCAUACCGGAAUGAAGGCAGGGGGUCCUCUAUGGGCGAAUUAUCCCGAGGCGGCAGCUUGGAUGAUGAUCCACGUAUGGGACCACUUUGACUACACGAAUGACGUUGCGUGGUGGAAAUCCCAAGGAUGGCCGCUCCUGAAGGGCGUCGCAGAGUUCCAGCUGGACAAGUUGAUUCCCGAUCUUCGUUUCAAUGAUUCGACACUCAUUGUGAAUCCCUGCAACUCUCCUGAACAAUCACCUAUUACCGAAGGAUGUUCUCAUGCAAUGCAAUUGAUUUGGCAGCUUUUCAAUGCGGUCGAGAAAGGAUUUGCAGCAUCCGGGGACACAGAUACUGCUUUCCUACAAGAGGUGCGAGAUAAGCGGGCACGUAUGGAUAAGGGAAUACAUAUUGGCUCCUGGGGCCAAUUGCAAGAAUGGAAAGUUGAUUUGGAUAGCCCCACCGAUACGCACCGGCAUCUAUCACAUCUCAUCGGUGUCUAUCCUGGCUACGCCGUGAGCGGAUACACACCCUCGAUCCAAGGCCCGAUUGCUGCGAAUGGCACCAAGACGAGGUAUACUACACAGCAAGUCAUAGACGCAGCUACUGUCAGUUUAAUACACAGAGGGAACGGUACUGGCCCGGACGCUGAUUCUGGGUGGGAGAAGGUGUGGCGGGCCGCGAUGUGGGCACAGCUGGAUAAUGAAGAUGAGUUUUAUCAUGAAUUGACGUAUGCCUUGUAUGAGAACUUUGCGGCAAACUUGUUUAGUGUGUACGAUUCCUCGGCGUCGAUCUUCCAAAUCGAUGCAAAUUUUGGGUUCACAGGUGCAGUGAUGAACGCUCUGAUACAAGCAUCUGACGUACCAACACUUUCUGCACCUCUCACUAUCAAGCUUUUGCCCGCUCUUCCGAAACAGUGGGCGGAUGGUUCUAUCAGAGGAGCGCGCGUUAGGGGUAGUAUAAGCGUAGAUAUGCAGUGGGCCGGUGGGAGGCUGGCGAAGGCGACGCUCAAAGUCGAUAAGAAUGCGCGAUCCCGGGCUGUUCGCGUCGUUUACCAAGGGAGGCAGAUCGCGUCCUUCUCUACAUCUCCAGGUUCGACCAGGUCCCUGCGUGUCUGA